UAUAUUUUUUCUCGUUUAAAACAUGAGCGAAUAAAAAUAGAAUGACCACCUUAAGAUUGUGGUUAGAUGAUAGUUUAUUUUUGUAGUCACGUUCGAUAUUAUAGUGGUUUUAAUUAUUGUUAAGUGUGAAGGUAUUGCUGGCUUGACCAUGGAAGAUCAGAUAUGUCCACGAUGUAAGACCACCAAAUAUCGAAACCCUAAACUGAAGUUAAUGGUUAAUGUAUGUGGGCAUAAACUAUGCGACACAUGUGUAGAUUUACUUUUCACAAGACCAUCAGCUGCUUGCCCAGAAUGUAGCACACCCUUACGGCGUAGUGAUUUUAGAGCCCAGCAGUUUGAAGAUCUGAUUGUUGAAAAGGAAGUUGAUAUCAGAAAGAAAAUCAUUAAAAUAUAUAAUAAACGUGAAGAAGACUUCCAAGCUUUGCCAGAUCCUCUAAGAAGCUACAACGAUUAUCUGGAAGAUGUGGAAACUAUUGUAUGGAACUUGGCUAAUGGUGUUGAUGUAGACGAGACAAAGAAAGCCAUUGAGAAGUACAAGAAAGAAAAUGAAGCUUUGAUUAGGAAGAACAAUGUCAAACUAGGAAGAGAAGAAGCAGUCGUUUUAUCUCAGAUUGAGGAGGACGAGAAGGCAGCUGAUUUAAGGAGGAAACAAGUAGCAAUAAAUGAGAUUGACGAAAAGAGAAAGAAGAAAAUGGAAAAUGAGUCAUUCCUUAAUAAUUUGAUUGUUGGUGAUCGCCCUUUGGAUGAGAUUGUGUCUGAACACUCCAGUAAGAUAGCAAAGAAACAGUCAGUCUUGUUCUCUUCUGCAGUAACGACUAAGUAUCUACAGCCAAAAGAUGAAGCGAAUGCGGUCCCUUUCAUAAAUGUUCCAUUGUUUAAAUAUGUCGAACCUGAUGAGGAAAACGAUGGAUUAAAAGCUCCAAAACAGGAAGUCUUGGCUUCAAGGGGGUAUUUGAAAAACAUUCGCGCAACUACCGACGCUGAAAGAGCCGGUGGCUACAACGCAGACUUAGGCUGUGGACGAGCGAUCCAGGAUGCCUUUUCUGCUCUUUAUCUAAACUUAUGAAAAAUGAGUUUCUAGAAUCUCAAGGGUUUCUAUGAGUUUCUUCACGCAGAAGUUACAUGGUUUUGCGAGGGCUGACAGACCCCAUCCAGGUCGCUACAGUUCAAGAUGUUGCCAUCCUUUCAUUUUAACUUAGAAACUGAGACAAUGUAACUUAAACAAAGUUGGUGUCCCGCUUCCAAUAUCUGACAUUUAUACUGAGACGCGUGAAUUUCAGUAAUAAAGUACUAAAGUACAAUCUUUCUCAAGGACCUUGAAGAGGCAACAGUAUUACUAGAAUAAAGUUUGCGAUGAAAUUGCCAAAA